AGCGGGUCGUUUCCAGUGGCGUCACAGCUCAGCGAUGGAUGAAACACUGUAUUUACUUCCGGUCAAGAGUUCACCUGCUUCUGAAUGGUAAAGUGGUCGGGAUAAAGGUGAGCAACAAAUAUGGAGACCAGCGAGGAUGGGGGCCUCAGUGCUGGGGGCUCAGUGGGAGAGGAGAACUACUUCCUGGGUUACACAUUCACCGACCGAUCCCACUCCAGCCGUGUGGUGAAGAGCAUCAUGGACCUGUGUCUGGAGGAUGGCCUGUUCGCCGACGUCACCAUCAACGUUGACAGCAAAGAGUUUCACCUGCACAGGCUGGUGCUCUCUGCGCAGAGCAGUUUCUUCCGCUCCAUGUUCACGUCCAACCUCAAAGAGUCCCACAACCGCUCUAUUGAGCUGAAGGAUGUCAGUGCCACUGUCUUUCAGCUGCUGAUUGACUAUAUCUAUCACGGCACAAUUAAACUGAGGGUGGAGGAACUGCAGGAUACCUAUGAGAUGGCAGAUAUGUACCAACUGACAGCGCUCUUUGAGGAGUGCUCCCGCUUCCUCUCACGGACAGUCGAGGUCAAGAACUGCCUGCAGGUGAUGUGGCUUGCAGACAGACACAGUGACCAGGAGUUGUAUACUGCAGCCAAGCAUUGUGCUAAGAUCCACCUGACCCAGCUGCAUCAGACUGAAGAGUUUCAGAAUAUGCCUCUCUGUCUUCUACUGGACAUCAUCAAAGAUGGAGUUCCGAGCUCCCAAAAUCCAACCAUGGCCAUCGAGUCGUGGAUAAACCACAACAAGGUGGAGAGAGAGGAGUUCUCUUGUAUCCUCCAAGAGAAUCUCAAGGAAAUAGGUGAGAACGUCCACAUUUACCUGAUCGGUAAAGAGGAGGCUCGGACUCACUCUUUGGCUGUGUCCCUUCACUGUGACGAGGACGAUGCCAUCAGUGUGAGUGGACAGAAUAGUUUGUGCCAUCAAAUCACUGCAGCCUGUAAACACGGCGGUGACCUGUACGUGGUGGGGGGGUCCAUCCCUCGCCGUAUGUGGAAGUGCAACAUGCACACCAUGGACUGGGAGCGCUGUGCCCCUUUGCCCAGAGAUCGCCUCCAUCACACCAUGGUCUCUGUCUCCUCCGAGGACGCCAUCUACUCCCUUGGAGGUAAGACAUUACAGGACACACUCUCUAACGCCGUCAUCUUCUACACAGUGAAGGACAACAUGUGGACAGAGACCAGCCAGCUGGAUACAGCGGUGUCUGGGGCUGCGGGUGUUAACUUGGGCGGUACCAUUUACCUGCUCGGAGGGGAGGAGAAUGACAUGGACUUCUUUACUAAGCCGUCUCGACUGAUUCAGUGCUUCGACACCGCGUCUCAGAAGUGUCAGAUCAAACCUUACAUGCUGCCGUUCGCGGGCUGUAUGCACGCCGCAGUUCACAUGGACGUGAUCUUCAUCGUGGCAGAGGGAGACUCCCUGGUGUGCUACAACCCUCUGCUGGAGAGCUUCACCCGCCUGCGCUUCCCCGAGGUGUGGAGCUGUGUCCCCUCACUGUGGAAGGUGGCCAGCUGUAACGGCUGCAUUUACGUCUUCAGGGACAAAUGUAAGAAAGGGGACGCAAACACAUUGAAGUUUAACCCAGCGACGUCUGUUGUCUCUGUCAUCAGGGGGAUUAAAAUCCUCCUCACAAACUGGCAGUUUGUUUUGGCCUAAACUCUCCUCUGGAUGUUCACAGUGUGGUCCAUGAAGAUGCCACGGACAAUCAGGGAAGACCGCUCGAUAACUAAUCAUGACUUUACCGCUCAGGCAUCCUGCUCUAAAUGUAUUUACUCAACUUUUCUGUCUUCACCAUCAGACCUGAAAAAAAGCUGUUCAGCAGUGUGUGUGUGUGUACGUUUGUCACCUGGUUGUAAAACAGUUUCUCAUUGUGAAUCCCUUUGCUGCGAUGUACUUUGUGGUGAUGCUGUAACCAGUGAUGAAAUAAUCAACAUAGUUUCCUGUGCAUUGCUUGUUUUUUCAUAAGCAUGAAAACUCUACUGAAGAUAAAACAUCUUUCAGUACAGUCUAUGUAAAUCAGUGUAUCUGUAUGAUGUCAAAUGUGCAUAACACAGGGAUGUUUGCAAACUUUUAACUUGUCAGUUUCUUGUCCAAAGACUGUGUUUUUGGAUGUACAGUACAGUGUACAUGUUCAUGCUAAACUGUUAACAUAAAAGAAAGUCAAACAUA